UUUCCUUUUCAUGUAAAUUUUACGAAAAUUUUUACUCCUCAUGUCAUAUGUUCUUAUUGAAAACUGUAUUUGAUAUUUAUGUUUUAAUUCGAGUAUAACAUAUUAUAGUAUAGUACAAUUACGUAUAGCCGCGCGGUGUUUAUCAAGUUGUUUACAAAUGGCGCCGAGCUUUAUUUUUGUUUUUAUUAGCUCUUUGGAUAAAAGUAGUUAAGCUUGAGAAAAAAAUAUUUUAAUGAUGGAGAACAAGGAUCAAUUGAAUGAACUCCAAAAAACUGCUAAAAAAUUAACCGAAGAUAUUCAGAAUAUGCCAAAUUAUAAAAAUUUAUACAAUGAAAUUCAGAGAUUGGUUGCAUCUUCGGCAGUAAAAAAAGAAGAUUUCAAAAAAACACUGUUUGAAGCUUUAAAAAAGGAUGGUUUAGAAACUCACAUUAGAAAUACAGUUUUUCAUUGGACAAGAUCGCAAAAUUCAAUUGAAACACCCAAUGAGUAUGAAGCAGAUUUGAGUUACUUGAAAAAAGCCCAGAUUCAAUGGGAAAGAAGAAUACAGAAAUCUUUAAACUCUAUGUGUAAUGAACUAAAUGUUCCACUUGCAAGAAUCAGACCAAAUGCUGACAGAGAAGAGCUUUCAGAAAAGUGGAAUGAAUUGAGUACCUGUGAUUUUGAUCUGACUAAUUAUAGACCUUUGUAUGCUCCAAAAGACUUCUUAGAAGUACUGUUUUCAGUCAGAGAUCCAUCAUUUAAAAAGCAGCAAAAUGAACCAAAUUGGGAGUUUAGCCAUAUUCAAAUCAAAGUGAAAACUUUAUCAGAACUUAGAGGAAUAUACAAGGAACUUUCAGAAGGUGUUGCACUUCUUGGUGUCAAUGGCAACAUUCCAUCUAUAGGUAAUUUUCCAAAUUUAGAAGCUGAAAGGGCAAAUCUGGGGGAAAAAGUUUUGAAGGUCAACCAUGCACCAAUUGCCCAAGAAUUUUUAAAGUGUGGAUCUCCCAGAGCUUUGAGAGGGAAACUUUGGUCUCUUGUAUUAGAUUCAAUUGUUAGAGAAAAUGAUGUUGAAUACUAUAAGGAAUUGCAAACUAUGGUUUUACAGUAUGAUAUAAUGGUAGACAAAUUAAUAAUUAAGGAUGUUCAACUGACAGCUAGUAACGAUGACCAAUAUUUUGUUUUUGAAGAUGUUCUAUAUAAAACUAUGUUGAGCUUUUCAAGAGACUCUGAAGUCUUACCUACAGUAACAGCAGACCAAAGUGCAGGAGGUCAGGUCAUUCAUGCAGUUCUUCAAGGCAAACCUGCAACCCUAGAAAAUACUUUAGUUUUUCCUCCAAGUGGAGUUAUUCCUUUUCAUGGUUUUACUAUGUAUGCUACGCCUUUCUGCUACUUGUAUGAUGAUCCAUGUGCAAUGUACUUCACAUUUCGAGCAUUUUAUUUGAGAUACUGGUUUCGUUUGCACACAGUAUCCAGUCAUGAACAAGGAAUAGUUGCAUUAUGUCUUUUAUUUGAAAGAUUAUUGCAAUGUCAUGAGCCACAGCUGUGGGCACAUUUUAGAAAUCUACACAUUCAACCAAUAAAAGUUGUUUUCAAAUGGCUGAUGAGAGGCUUCAGUGGUCAUCUACCUCCAGAACAAUUGUUGUAUUUGUGGGAUUUGAUUCUUGGAUAUGAUUCUUUGGAAAUAAUAUCAUUGCUAGCUGUAACUAUUCUCAGUUUUAGAAAGGAAAAUUUGAUGCAAGUGAAUACUUCUCAGCUGGUUGAAAAUGUUUUGGCUGAUUUAUCAUCAAUAAAAGUCAUGCCACUAUUACAACUAAGUCUAUUGAAUGACUGAAUAAAAAAUGUGUGAUUGAAUUUAUAUGAAAAAAAAUUAUAUGGAAAUUAAACCAG